AUGGCAGGUAAGUACAAUGAGGUCACGCCGAAGGCGUUCGCUAAUAGGAAAGCCAAAAAGCAGUUCUCGCCGCCAAACACUCAGUCAAAUCUGGCUUCGUGGCCGCCGUCGCUCCAAGAUUUUGUCAACUCACUGUUUCAGAGAUCUGAAUCUCUCGAUGACUUGCAAAAGGCAGCAUUUGGCUCCCAAAUACAAUCCCUCAUGCAACUAGCUAUAGCCCAGAACAAGGUAUGGACUAACCAAUGGCAUUUGCAGCAGCUCCCAGUGUUCAAUCCCAGUGUUCCGUUGGAUUUGUAUGAGAACAUUCACGCUCAGGAGAUCAUGGAAAGACCCAAACGUCUCCGGGGCAAAUAUGACUCUGAUGAGCGCAAGAAAAAGCGUCUGGCUCGCUUUGCUGGUGCGGAGUCCACUAGGGUCAUGUCGCCGAGCCCAGGACCUUCAUCUGGGCCCAUCGUGGGAUACCUGGACGCUUUAGAGAAACGAUACCUUCGACUCACAUCUGAGCCGGAUCCAGCAGUCGUCAGGCCACAGCAUGUCCUCGAGAAGAGCUUAGAGUUCGUCAUGAACAAGUACAUGGCGUCCAAUGCUGGCUAUCUGUACAUCAAUGACCAACUAAAGGCAAUUAGGCAAGAUUUGACCGUGCAACACAUAAAAAACGACAUCACCGUCAAGGUUUACAAGACACAUGGACGGUUGGCCAUUCUCAACAACGAUUUGGGUGAGUUUAACCAGUGUUCUUCGCAGCUCAAGCAGCUAUAUCAGAAAAGUGAUGCUCUCUUCCAUGAUACCUACGAGUUUACUUGUUACAGAAUUCUCUAUUUGCUUCUUACUGGAAAUUAUUCGGAGGUCAACGUGAUUAGGCUCACACUCUUGAAGUCGGAUACGGGCAGUAAGAUUUUGGCCCCCGAAUACGUGACGUUUAGAAAUGCCGUGUACCUAGCUCUCGAACUACUAUCUAGCAUCACAUUGGGUGAUUACCAUAUAUUUUUCAAAACUUACCAGAAGUUCCGCGAGACUGAGCAGUUGACCUAUGCAUUCCACAUGAUGAAGCACUCCAUGGUUACCAAGCAGAGGCUCUUAGCAAUCAACAUUAUGUGUAAGGCGUUCAAAAAGUUGCCGGUAGAAUAUUUGGAACGAGAACUUGCAUUUGACAACUCUGAGCCUAUUGGCGAGUUUCUAGCAGGCCAUUCGCUUGCACAAUUCCAAAAAGAUACCGAUUUUGACUGCUCAGCUGCCCGUCCCACCGUCCAGGCCAUGGUAGAUAAGGGAGAUUUCCGCAAGAUCGACAUCAAGGGCCAAGUAUAA